AUGAUGCUGCUUGCUAUUGCAACUCUGCAAAGGUAAUUUAUCUUUUCUGUUCAACCUUUAUUAUUGGAAUUGGGUUGUGAAUAAACUUACCCAUUAAAUCAAUCUUUCUAUCUGGGAUUACAAUAUUGA